GCCUGCAUGGCAGGGCUGCAUGCAGUGCUGUGUUUUGCAAGCGUUUUUUCUGUCCGCCGCCAACACCUGAGAGGGAUAGCAGCAAGGUUUUGGAAGACCACUGCCCUGCUGCGAAGGGCGCCCUCCUCCGUGGAAUCACAACCUGCUGGGAGCUUGCUUCCGGCGGGCGCUUCACUUUUCCGCGGCUUCGACUGGAUGCGCACGACGAACUUUGGCACGAAACAUGCCGCUGGAAGAUUCGAGGACCACACGUACGGAGUUGCUGGACAAUGCAGACGCGAAAUGGGUGAAGCUGGUAAAACACACGUAUAUCGCCGCUAAUGGCUCCGAGAAAACCUGGGAAUCGUCGCAGCGGCUUACGCGCCCCAAAGGCCUGGAGAUCGAUGGAGUCGGGAUUGCCGCGAUCCUCAGACCCGAAGACGGUGGCGAAGCCUCGAUUCUUUUGCAAAAGCAAUUUCGCCCGCCUAUCAAUGCCGUGACGAUUGAGGUGCCUGCCGGCCUUAUCGACGAGGGAGAAACACCGGAGCAAUGUGCGCUCCGGGAGCUCAAGGAAGAGACUGGUUAUGUUGGCGAGAUCAUGGAAGGCGGCUUUGGAAUGACGCCUUUGAUGUUCAAUGACCCGGGUUUCUGCAACACAAAUCUGCACAUGGUACACUGCACGAUAGACCCGAAAGAUCCUGCAAACCAGAAUCCGCAACCCCGACUGGAAGACGAUGAAUUCAUCGAGUGCUUCACCGUUCCCUUGACGAAUUUGUACGCUGAAUGUGAACGGCUAGCAAGCGAGGGGUAUGCGAUCGACGCACGUGUUGCGACAAUAGCAGAAGGAAUUGAGUUGGCAAAGCGAUUCAACGUUCGCUAA